UCUCUGCUGGACAUAAAGAGCAAGGGCGCACAAAACGUUAUGACGUUUUUUCAAUUUCUUAUUCAGUCAAUUCUUCUCACUAUUUUUGUUGUUCUUUAAUUUUAUCAUACACGCCUGUAAAUAAUCCACUGCGUAAAAUUUACAGUGUUAUACUUUUACUUUGAAAAUGUCGACCCGGACAUAGCACGCCACGCUGACUUCUAGUCAAGAAACCUCAAGGAAACGAGGCUUUCUUUUCGGAGCUUCUCUGCUGUUGUAAAAUAUAUGAAUCCUUCUCCGGACAUUGGUUGCGAUUCGGCGCCGUAAUCCAAGAAACAGCAUGAUGCCACAAAAGGUGUAAAUGAUUGCUGUCAUGACUGGAGCUGAGACUGAGGAUGACAUUCCUUUUGGUGAAAGGAAAACAGUCACAGAUUUUUGUUAUCUCCUGGACAAAUCAAAACAACUUUUUAAUGGAUUAAGGGACCUUCCUCAAUACGGACACAAGCAUUGGCAGUCCUACUUUGGGCGGACUUUUGAUGUUUACACCAAGCUGUGGAAAUUUCAGCAGCAGCACAGGCAGAUUCUGGACAGUCGCUACGGCUUGAAAAGAUGGCAGAUUGGGGAAGUGGCAUCCAAAAUUGGACAGCUUUACUACCACUACUACCUACGUACAUCUGAAACAAGUUACCUGAACGAGGCAUUUUCUUUCUACUCAGCCAUCCGACAGCGAUCUUACUACUAUCAGGUUAACAGAGAAGACAGGCCAGAAUUAGUUGUGAAAAAGCUUCGAUACUAUGCCCGAUACAUAGUUGUCUGUUUACUGCUGAACAAGACGGACCUGGUCAAGGUUUUGGUGAAGGAGUUAUCUGAAGAAAUCGAAGACUACACACAACGUUUCAACACUGAGGAUCAAUUGGAAUGGAACCUGGUUCUACAGGAGGUGGCAUCUUUUGUAGAGGCAGACCCAGUGGUACUGCUUGAUGACAACAGUUCUGUCACAGUCCUCAGCUAUCGUCUUCAAGAGGGAUGUGUACCUCCAUUGGAACAAGGCAUGGUGGUUGGACAACUCAUCCUUGCAGACGCACUAAUCAUUGGCAACUCUAACAGCCAGGUGAAGUUCAGUGAAUUGACUAUCGAUAUGUUCCGUAUGCUUCAAGCAUUGGAGAGGGAACCAGCAAAUCUUGCUAUACAAACAUCGAAACAAGGAAUUCUGCGCUGUCUGUUGCUGGCUGCUCAUUCGUCAUCCACUGAAGUGAGUGACAUCGCUGGCGAGUUGCAAAUCAGUCCCACCCCCGCCUGCAUGCUGGCUGCUCAAUGGUCAUUUGCUGAAUAUUCAGAGGAACCUACUGAGAAGCCUGCCAAACGGGAAAAUCCUCACAAGUAUCUACUGUACAAGCCAACGUUCAGCCAGCUUUUUACAUUCUUGGCUGCCUCCUUUAAGGAACUGCCAGCAAACAGUGUUUUACUUGUCUACCUCUCAGCAGCGGGAAUCCUUCCAUCUCUAAAUUCAGAAUUUGAAGGACCAUUUGAUUUCGGAGGGGUUCUCACAAAUUCAAAUCGAGAUAUUGCGAAUGGAGAGGUGAUUCAGAAGAGAAAUCAGUCCCAUAAAGAAAUGCACUGCCUUCAUCCUGGUGAUUUACUCCCUUUUACCCGGAAGCCACUAUUUAUUAUUGUGGAUUCAACAAACAGCACCGCCUACAAGAAUUUCACAAAUAUGUUUGGCCAACCUUUGGUGUGUCUCUUAUCACCUAAACUAUAUCCCAAGAGUGUACAAGAUCAGUCUCAACGUGGGAGUCUCUUCACCCUGUUCCUCUACAGCCCACUUUUGGGUUUCUUCUCUGUGUGUGGUUUAAGCACUGUGCGAGGAAAACUUUGGCAGAGCGCUCAAGAAUUUCUUCACAAAGUUGAUCGUGACAUUGGGCAAAUGAUAACACGAUCACAAACUAUAGAUCAAGCCUUUUUACAAUUCUUUGGUGAUGAAUUUCUUCGACUGCUGCUGAUCCGCUUUGUGUUUUGUUCAGCUACACUGAGACUGCAUAAAGUCUUUCGGGAGGCACAGAGCUUCCCUGAGUCAUAUCCUGAAUUCCCCAAACAAGAUACGGUGGAGAACAGCAUUCUGCAGAAACAUAUUUUGAAGAUGGCAACCCUUCUGGAUGUGCAGAACUUGUUUUGGGAUGAUUAAGUGGAGGCCUAUUGAAUUUGCUUUUGUUGGCCAGGACCAAAUAGUAGGUGUGGAAAAGAUUCCACAUCCUAUAUACUCAUGCUACAAUGCAAUGUUAAUCCUACAGCCUUUGCAACAUUUUUUUUUUUGGGUGGGUCUGUUAAAAAAGUUGUCAAAUGUAUAAUUUGUAACUUUAAACAGUCUUUUAAAUUGAACUUGAUAACAUGUAGCGCUUGCUAUCCUCAAAACACUCAUGCACUAAAAAUCAAUUUAUGCACUGCUAUCAGUUGUACAAUUUAGCAAAACAUUCAUUGUAUAGCUUAUUCAUACUUCUGUGACCAAGACCUUUCUGAUGUGGCACUGUAAUUGAUGACCUCUGUUUAAUUGUUGUUUUCAAGUGAGUAUACACAAAGCAUAUUUGUUGUCCAUUCUUAGCUUUUUGGGGUAUACUUUUAACACAAGCACAUUUUAAUGAUAAAUGAAAUAAUGGACAGACACAACAUAGAGGACAUGUUUUUGACUAUACCAGGAAGGAGUACACAGCAAAAUAAAUGUUCUAUGGGAUCUGGAAUUUGGGGUUUAAUCCCAGUAGUAAUAAACUUUAAUUACAAAAUGUAAAACAUGCCCUGUUGCAAUAAGUAAACACACUAUUGGAAUUUGUUGGCUAUUCAGUAAAUUAGAAUUUAUUUUUCAUGUUUAUUCUAUCGCCACUAUCUCUGUACAUAUAAUGCAUAAAAUGUAUUGUCCAAAAUGUCAGUUUAAAUUUCUUAGUUCAUUUUUCAUGUGGUGUUUCCAGUUUUCAGUAGAAUUUUUCAUGUGUUUUUUCCAGUUUUCAUUGGUGCACUCUUAUGUUUUAAGGCAGAGGUGUCAAACUAAUUUUUGUCCCUGGCCUCAUUGUAUUUAGUGUGUCCCUCGGAGGGCCGUUAUGACUGUAAAACCCUAAAAAAAAACUUUAACCUUCUCAUCAUAAAAAUGACAAUUAUACACUAGUUUUGGAAUCCGAAAUCAAGGGGAAAGGGUUUUACACCUAUUGUUGUUCGGUAACACAAAAAUGUUUGCAAUAUCUCAACAUUCUCAUUUAUGAUGUGAAAAUUUUGGUAGAGAUUCAAACGAAAGUCAUGGAAGUUGAGACACAAGAUUUACCUUCGCGGGCCAUAUAAAUUCAUGCGGCGGGGCGUAUCUGCCCCCCGGGCCUUGAGUUUGACACCUGUUUUAAGGUAUUUAUGUUCGCUAAGGACCUUGAAUUUAUAUUAGGAGAUUAUUAACCCAAGUACAGGAUAUUUAUUUGUAUACAUUUUUUUGUUGUUGUUUGUUUUCAAAGGUUUUUCCACACCUCAACAAAAUGUUUUAAAAACUGAAGUUAAAAGAUGUUGAGGUUUAAUAAUCAUGUAUGUUGAGAGAUGACUAUCAUGUUUUCUGUUAUUAGUUUUAUUGUGAGUAACAGGAUCAUGAGAAGGAACAGUUCAGUUUUUGUGUAACAUUUAGAUGGAAAUAAUCUUUACUUACCCAUGUGUUUACAUUCAUCGAUCCAUCCAUUUUCGGAGCCGCUUAUACUGACAAGGAUCUCGGGAGUGCUGGAGCCUAUUCCAGCUGACGUCCGGCAGGAGGCAGGUUACACCAUGAACUGGUUACCAACCAAUCACAGGGCACAUGGAGACAAACAACAGUGGCACUCACAAUCACACCUAGGGGCAGUUGGUCUCCAAUUAAUGCAAAUUUUGGGGAUGUGGGAGGAAAUCGGGAGAACAUGCAAAAACUUCCACACAGGCAGGGUCAGGAUUUGAACCCCGGUCCUCACAACUAUGAGGCCAUCGCUCAACAGGUGCCCCACCAACUACAAUUUGAACACCAAUUUGACUUGGUAGUGAGAAAGAAAACCCUUGUACCCUUGAAAAAAGCGUCGACCCAUGAAUUUUGUUUUUGAUCACCGAAAAAAAAAACCAAUGCAUAAAUAGUCUUUUCUGAAGAUUCACCUGUCUUUUGAUAGCCUUGUGUACUUUCUUGCACUUCACCUUCCAAUUUUAAUAGUUGCUCUUGCAAAAAGGAAACAAUUCAUAAAAGGUAGGAUAAUUUACCAACACUUCACAUUCUCAUGUGUUUUAUUUGGUAUCACAAACAAAAAUGUCACUGCGCUGCAUAUCGGGCCGACAUUGUCCAUGACAUCAUCCAUCCACCCAUUUUCUCUACCGCUUAUCCUCACAAGGGUUGCUUCAUACGCAAAUCAUUUAAAUGUCUUCAAUAGACCUUGUUUUCUGGUCCAGUUAUCGUGUUGUCAUGCUUUGCCUUUUCAUGUAGGUGGUGUGUUAGUGUGAGUUACAAAUGUAUUGUGAAAAAUUAAGACAAUAUUGCACACAAGGUGUACAAGUAGCAUGUUUUUUUGGAUGAUUAAGUAGAACUGUACUCCCUCUCUAUUCAACACACUAAAUCAAUACAAUUUAAUGUGUUUGUGUUUUUGUGAUGCCAAAAUAAUAAAAUAAGUAAAGGUCUGCUUUUCCUUUUAGCUUG